ACCCGUCUCCUAGAAGAUAUGCGAAGUAAACGACGUGCAUCCACUUGUUCAUUGACCAUCACACGUAAAAUGAACUCUCGGUAUUCAUAUUACCACAAUCAAUAUGUUUAGAUAAAGCUCUUUGGAAUUUCUACUGAAAAAAAGAAAGAAAUCACAAAUUAAACCCUCCACAGAUUAUAAGGGUUAUUGCAACAUCUGUCUCGUUUUGUGCUGGUGUUCCUGUAGCCUACUUGCAAAACAGGAAUGUUCUAGCCAUGUUUUUACAUGUGCUUCUUGGACGGCCCAAUAAGGCUUCCAUAGCAUUAGAAACAUCACUAGAAACAUACGACGACAGCAAAGAAAAAAAACGGCUUAACCGUAACAUUAAAAAUACGAGAACGUUCAGGUAAUUCAAGAAAUAUUGGAAGUGUUUAGUGCCAUCACGGGUUUGAGCAGUGGUAAGCCGCACCGUGCUGAGCGUGUUGCGGAGUUCUCCGUUUUCAAUCAGCUAAGUCUCAGCGCUGCUCAUUCGCGCAUGGCUACUCCCUCACAUCUCAGAUCUCUAUGAGGGGUCUCCGCUUAACAUCCUGCACCUUUCCAAUGUAAAUCAUCGCCAAGCGAGAGCUUCGACGCUUGCAGGUUUUGCCCGCGGAACAAUGAGAGGGGGCGAAUUGUUAAUACGGAAUGAGUGAAGCGCUUUUCGAUGGAGUCUUUGAACACCGUGGAGCUCCGUGAUUUUGGCGAUCGGAACAGAAGUGCUUCUAAUCAGCCUACAAGUCCCCAUCAGUCGACCCCGUCAGCACCGCGGACAGCAAUCAGCGGUGGCGUCGAGAACGCCUCGUUUCAGGAUGAGGAGCAGGAGACGGGGUUUUCCAGCAACUCCGGUAGCCGUGGCGAACCGAAUACGGUUCACCGCGAUUCCACCUAUAACAACAGCGGACAGCAGACACAGUCCCAGCCUUUCCAAAGAGACGAACUAUCUCCUCGGUCGGACGAGGAGCUGGACGCAGAGACCAACGGCCAUUCCGUCGACUACGGUUUUAUUUUCGCCCUGGUGUUCCUAGUGAGCGGAAUUGUUCUGGUGGUGAUAGCCUACACCAUCCCCCGCGAAGCUAAGGUCAACCCGGACUUGGUGACAGCGCGGCAGAUGGAGAAACUGGAGAUGUAUUACGCAGAGCUCGGCUCACACCUAGACAAGUGCAUCAUCGCCGGGCUGGGACUGCUAACUCUCGGGGGUAUGCUUUUGUCAAUGUUACUAAUGGUUUCCAUAUGCAAAGGGGAGCUGUAUCGCAGGAGGACUUUCGCAAUGUCCAGAAGGCCGAGAAAAACGUACGGAUCUAUAAAUCUGCGCAUGAGACAGCUAGAGGGAGAGGGCAGGGAUUCUCUGGUGGAAUGUGAGCCUGUUCCUGCCACCACUGUCUGUGUCCCCAGCGCAGAGGGGGCAAGCUAAGUUAUUUCUGCUACAGUAGCGCAGCCCCGCCACGAGGGAAGGUUAUUAUAACCGGGCUGUAGAACGGCCGUAAGCAAACGAGGAGUAGAAACUAUUCUUUACAAAAUGACUCCUUGUACUGUAGAAGGACAUAGCGACACACACGCCUGCACGCACGCAAACACGCGCACACACACGUAAUUUUUUUUUUUUUUCAAAGCACAAUAAGCACUCCUGCAAAAUUCAUAUACUAAUUAAGCGUGUUGCAAAUAAUCAGCUAUGAGCUACUCCUAAAGAGUGGAGGAUAUAUACGUAUAGUCUAUGUCACAUCAUAUAUUUACAUGUUUUAUUACUCUGUAAAGAUACAAUAUGCCUUAAAAAGUAAAACAACACUGGUUGAAUUUAUGUAUUUAACACAAGGAUUGGGAUUUUGCUCAGUUAUAUCAUAGGGCCUUGUUAAGCCAAGGAUUUACAUGUAGCAAAACACUCUAACCAUUUUAAAACUUGGGGGCCAUUAUUCCUUAGUCUUGGCACAACUGCCAUGAACAAUCUUCUCAACAGAUCUAUUGUUUGGAUGCAGACGUACAACCUUCAGCCAGCUUGUCUCUGAAAUGUUCAAAACAACAUAAGAUCUAAUUUAACAGCAAUAUUUUACUCGCAUCCAGAACACAUGUUCAGAAACAGAUAUGAAGUCCAGAACCCUCACCUGCUUCAGGGGGUUUUGUGAAACAUACCAUCAAGUGAUGAUUUGGGGGAAAGGGAGGCAAUAGAAAGCCUCAAACUGAAUUUAGGGGAACAUGAAAUUGAAGUUUUGUUUGCCUGUUGUUUUGGAAAUGUUAUUAGGAUGUUUUGUACAGUCUGCAGGCUAACUACACUCUCAGAAUAAAUGGUAUGACAAAGUGCCUAAAAAGGUGCAAAUACUUGUCACUGGGGUGGUACUGUACCCCUUGCCAGCAAUACAAAAUUAAUUUGUACCUUUUUUUUACUUGUGAAAGGUAUUUAUUAGUCCACAAAUAGAACAUUAUUGUUCUUCCGGGGCACAUUUGAGAAAUGUGUUCCUUAAAGAACAAAAAUGUACCUCCACCGUACCUUUAUUUCUGAGAGUGUAGCGUGUGAGUGCAAAUGCGAGAUGUCUUAAAUUCUAAACCAUUUCUCUUUUUCGUUUUUUUUAACACAGCAAAAGCAGCACAGCUCAAUCUGAUGAAUGCACAGUAAAGACAAGCUAGUUUCUCGUGUACUACACCACGUUGCGAAGCAUGGAGGCUCUAUUGACUCAGGCAUGCACAGUUUGAGUGAACACAGAGUAAUCGAAUGUCCCUGCAGAGAGCAGUAAAGUAUAUCUGAUUUGAAGCGUACGUCCAUAGAAAAAGCAAAAACCUGCAGGAUGAAGAAAAAGGAAAGACAGAGCAGUGCAUGAACGCCUGUAAAUAUAAUAAGCACACAUGGGGAUGGAAAGGUCUAAAUAGAGGGAGCCAGGUAAGAUGUAUCACAGGUGUUUGAAAACCCUAUAAUGCAGUAAAAGAACUCCCAGCUCAAAUGAAGGAGUACACUGCUCACGGUUGAGCAAGCACACUACUGCAAUGUGGGAGGAGACAGUUUACACCUUAGGGGGUUUACUUAGGGUACCGUGGAACAGUUAGAGGUUUUUAAAAAAAAACAAUGCUACAGUGUGUGAAGGGCAUGGUUUCAGGGGUUAGUGCAGAGAGUUCCCGUGGUGUGCUCUGGUUAUGCUGGACGACUGUUCGCCGCACACUGAACCACAUCGGUGGAGAUAUAAACUGCCUUCUGCUGUCAGUUAAGGCACUGUUCCAGCGUAUGGAUGAGGGCUCCAUGGUCUGGUAUCGGUUAAGGCACUGUUCCAGUGUGUGGAUGGGGUCCACAGUCUGGUAUCUGAUACGGCACUGUUUUAGUGUGUGGAUGGGGUCCACAGUCUGGUAUCUGUUAAGGCUCUGUUCCAGUGUGUGGAUGGGCCCCAAGGUCUGGUAUCUGGUAAGGCACUAUUCCAGUGUGUGGAUGGGCCCCAUGGUCUGGUAUCUGUUAAGGCACUGUUCCAGUGUGUGGAUGGGCCCCAUGGUCUGGUAUGAAAUCCUAUCUGUGGCAGUGCUGACUGUCGCGGGCAGCCCAUCAGGGCCAUGCACAAUCAGUCAUGUUGUUGCCAGCAAGGCAGGCAUUCAGUCGGCUGGGGUGAUUAUGUCUUGUCGCUCACCAGCAACCCCUGCUAGUCAGUCUAGCACCCACAGCCUGCUCGCUCAAAUUCCAUGUGAACUGAUCUCUGAGUUCAGCUUCUGGGGUUCAGAGUAAAAACCAGCAGCAGCAGGUAUUGGAAUUGUGUGUUUUUAGAGGAACUGAUAGCGGAUAUUGUAGUAAUCGGUGAUUACUGUUGGUCUGGGCAUUCCAAACUGGAGAAAAGGGAAGAAAGCAUUUAAAAACAAUGCAAAAAGUAAUGGAAACAUUCGAAGACCAUACUCGGCCUGUUACGUAGCCGCCCACCGUAUGCAAACGGAUGAUAUUUUGGCAUAGAAAUCUUGUAAAAAUAUGUAAUUCAUGUUGCAAUCAUUCCUAAAGAGACACUGAACCUCUAGAAAAGAAAGAUUAUACUGUUCAUGACGACAAUGAUUCAAGACUCAGUUGUUACAAGGCAUUAAAAAGACAGCGAGAUGCUGGAAUGACUUUGAUUUUGACUUUUGCGAAGCACUGCUUUUCGCACAAUCACUAAGGGGGUCAGUUCAAUCAAGGCACAAAGAAAUUUGGUCAUUCGAUACCUAAUUUAAAGAAGUAUUAAAGUUUUUUUUUUUAGUGUUUGAUUUGUUAUGUAAAAUAUGUUUGUAAGGGUUCAGAAUCUCUGCACAAAAUGAAUAAAAAGUUGUGAGAAAGAAGUGACACAGAUUUGUGCCUUGAUUGUGGCCCUCAUUAUUUGAAUGUUGGGAUGUAUUUUAUGGGUAAUAGGUUGCAUCACAAGCUCUGUUAUAAUUUGUCGUGGACUGUCUGAGAGUGCUUGCUGUGAACUUAGACAACACAAACCAGCCCUCUGCUUUUGCAGAACCUUGAUGCUAAAAGAUUAUGACUGAAUGUAAUUAACUCAAAAUGCUGGACGUUAUAUUGGAAUCACCAUCAGAACACCCAAAACGUUUCAAUUGCAUAACUUGUUUACUUUGUCAAAUAACCCCCCAAAAGUGAAAAUGUUAUACUGACAAAGUAUGACAGAGUGGCAUGCUGUCAUCUUCACAUAUCAUUUCAAAGAAUAUAUUUCAUAUUACCACACACAGAACAUAUUCAAAAAUUGCUGCAAUUUAUUCACUAUAUUCUUGUUUUGUCUUUUGAAAACACCAAACAAAACUCCCAAGUGACUCUUAUGACAUCAACCGGCGAGGACUGAAAAAAAAACACUUGAUAUUGUACCAUAGCUCCAUAGUCUAUAAAAAAUUUUUAAAAAAAACCUCUGUAAACCUCAUUGUACACCUCAGCUUGAAAUUACGUAAACUGUCAACUUUUGUACUGGAAAUCAAAGCUUACAAAAAAAAAGGUGGGAGAAACAGCACAGCUGUACGGAUGGGUGCUUCAGCGCUGUAGUCUCGCGGCUGUCACCCGUCUUUUUGUCUGGUUCAGCACAGCAAGGUGGCAGUGAGACGGGGGCGCUCUGCGGAGUCGAGACGGACGGCGAUCCAGUUCUCAAGGGAGACUGUUAAAAGCUGCAUGUGAACUUUUGUAAAAAAAUGCUGUGAAACUUGAAAUUGAAGUUAAAAGGCAGGCGUAUAUGUGUAUGCUUAUGUGCAGUUCAUGUAUCAUUUUUGAAAGCCUAUCAUCAUUUCAAUGUGACAAAAAUCUUUUUUUUUUUGGUUGUUGCUGUUAUUGUUGUUUUUAAUAAAAAUGCAUCUGUCUCUUUUUUCUGGAA